GGCUGGAUCGUGGUUCAGUUUGGAGGGAGUUGGGAGGUGUGGUGUAGACGGGAAGACAAGUAAUGUGAAAUUAAUAUCAUCAGACAAUACAUAUUUAAUUCCCAUGGCAUGGCAAACAUUAAUACUAGAUUUGUUACUUGUAUCUCAUUAGAUAUUCUGGUGGAGGGACUUGUAUAGAAAUUUUAAAUAUUUACAAAUGAAAGACACAAGACUAUUUUGAAGUAUUUAAAAGCAAGUCAUCCUCCAAAAUUAAUGACAUAGCCCUCCUAACAGGACCCUUUUAAAUAACAAAUAUAAGUAUUGUUUUUGUACACAGAAAAAUCUACAAAAUGUUUGAAAAUCAUGACAUCAUAAAGCAGUUUGUCAUUGUCAGUAAGAAUACUUUGUCACUGUGCACACAACUGUAUUGCUGAUAUUGAAGAAUACUGUGUCUCACAUAUUCCUGUGAAAUACCAAGAUUGACAGCAUUUCCCUUUGAGUGAUUUAAUUGCCCUGAAUCAAUUCAUCAGCUUGAUGAUGUUAUUGCAACAUUCACUUCAUUUUUGAUCAUACAAAUCAGCUCUUUCUGGUUCACCAUAUUUAUAUUUUUGGCCCAGCAAUAAUUACACUUACGGCAACAUAUUCAUCACCAUAAAAAGCUGCUUUCAGCAGUGAAUUUCAGUUGAAGCAACUUCAGCACUCAAAAAUUCAGUCGUGGCACAUUGCUUAAAGCAUGCUUGAGUACCUGUCACAGCCUUCCAAUUCACAAACAAUAGCAACCCAAUGUUUUUUCAAAACUACUUCUCAACAAUCAAAACAAAACAACGUUUCAACAUUUCUAAUAUGUCAGUACUACCUUUUAUGGCAAUUGACCACCUCGGAACCAUUAUUUUUCACUCAAUCAUUAUACUAUGUAAGUGGAGAUCAAAUAAAUAAAACAGACAGGAUGGGAAAGGUGAUAAUUCUGAGGGAAAAAAUGCCUGGGUCAACAUUAAUUUGAGAAGCAGCUAUGAUCCUGCCAUGAGAUGCUUUUACAGCAUUUCUUUGGUGUUUUACACAAUCCAUGUUUAGCUGACACAUGUAUUACAUUUGCCUGUUUUGCCCACUUUGAGCCAUCCACUAACACACUGGUAAACUCCACACAACACUGAUCCAAGAUUGCAUAGUGUGAGAACAGAGCACACUGCUAUUUAUACAAAGCAGGUGCACUGCUUUAGUGCACAUAUAACACCCAUGUGGAUGUUUAUAUGCCAACAAGGAGUGUUUAAUACAGCAUCACACUAUUUCAAGCGUUUGAAAAGCUAUUUUUUAAAAAUUUUCUGCCCCACUCCAAGAACCAUCCCACCUCACAUCCCAAGCUGCUGUUCAGUUAUAUACAGAAUUGUCAGUCACAUGCUUCCGUUUGAAGGAGACAUCUUCAUCCUCCUCUUCCUCCUCUUCAGUCAGCACCUCUAGUCCCUCCCUCACUGGGUCGCCAGUGUCCCCUUUAUUCGGUUAGCUGCGCCUGCGCAUACCGGUCGCGGUUGCCCGGCGGCGGCAGCGGCCGUUCAGAAUGUCGACGGCGCCAGGAGGCGGGGGAGCAGUCCCUCCCUCCGGCGGACGCGCAGCGGCAGCCGCUGCUGCGGGAGGAGAAGAGGCGGCGCCUGUGUCGGCGCUGGAGGUUGUGUCCUUCCUGGGGAAACUCCUGUGCGCAGUCGCGGCACUGAAGGCGGCUCUCUACCUGCUCCGCAGAGUCUGUCUAACCAUGGCCUGGAAGUCGGGAGGCACGAGCCACUCGGAGCUCAUCCACAACCUCCGCAAAAAUGGAAUAAUCAAAUCAGAUAAAGUAUUUGAAGUAAUGCUUACAACAGACCGAAGCCAUUAUGCAAAAUGCAACCCAUAUAUGGAUUCACCUCAGUCAAUAGGAUUUCAAGCAACAAUCAGUGCUCCACACAUGCAUGCAUAUGCUCUAGAACUACUAUAUGAACAGUUACAUGAAGGAGCCAAAGCCCUUGAUGUAGGAUCUGGAAGUGGUAUUCUUUCUUCAUGCUUUGCCCGGAUGGUUGGUCCCAAAGGACAAGUUGUAGGAAUUGAUCAUAUCAAAGAAUUAGUUGAUGAUUCAAUAAAUAACGUCAAAAAGGAUGACCCUCUAUUGCUGUCUUCAGGAAGAGUGAAACUAAUUGUGGGGGAUGGAAGAUUGGGAUAUCCAGAAGAAGCUCCAUAUGAUGCUAUUCAUGUUGGAGCUGCGGCACCUGUUGUACCACAAGCACUUAUAGAUCAAUUAAAACCUGGUGGAAGAUUAAUAUUACCCGUUGGGCCUGCUGGAGGAAACCAGAUGUUGGAACAAUAUGAUAAGCUAGAAGAUGGCAGUGUCAAAAUGAAACCUCUGAUGGGAGUGAUAUAUGUGCCUUUAACAGAUAAGGAGAAGCAGUGGUCCAGGUGGAAGUGAUUUUCAGUUCGACUUUCUCCUUCCAUAUACUUGCAUAUACAAGGGAUGAAAUAUAAAAGCUACAACAUCUGAUCCAAACAUAGUGUUAACAGUGGACUGCUCAUCUCCAAUUCUUAAAAGCUUUUUCCAAACCAACAGCAUUGCAGCUUAUUUUGGACCGUGUUACACUGUUAUCAGCAUGGAAAAGUGGUUUUGUUUUGUUUUUUUAAUUUUGUAGAGGUUUAAUGCGAGUUUGAUAAUGGACUGAUGGAAAAAAAUUAAACUUGGGCAAAUUGUUUCGUUUUAAUAUGCCCUUAUUUCAUCUGUUAGUGAUAUAUGUCUGCAGAUAAGCAGAUGUAUCUGCAAUUUAUCUCCUUUUAUUUUUCAAUUUGGAAACUUUCGAAUCAUUUCAGCUCCAGUGUUUGUUCAUCAAACUGCUUACCUGCACUUUCUUAUGCUAUCUGCACACUUAAGAUUUGUGUUCCGCUGACUCUUAGAUCCUACUAAAAUGAGAUGACUUUCUUCAAAGCUAUCAACGUAUUUAUAGACUAGCAUGUAGCAGAUACAAUCAGCAGCUUUUCUUCUCAUACAGGAAAUCAGACAUGUUUAUACACUUGGAAGCAUCGACAAGGAUAAAAUUUAUUUUAUGUUGCUGUUCAGGAUGGACAUAACUAACAUAGUUCCCCUCCUUUCCCUGUAGCAUAGCAAAGAAAUUCAUAGCUGAGUAUUAUUUCUAGCUGAUUUACAGACUUGAAGUAUCUGAGUGUAAUAUAACAAUUACUGUGUAAGUUAUGUCCUAAUCAUUGAACAGUUCGCAGUGCUGCUUUGCCAAAUAAAAUCAAAAGCAAAAAGGUGUGGCAAAUAAUGUUUUGAAUAGAGAUAUCUUGGGUAAUUGAGAGGUUGCUAAAAUGUUUCUACCAAUAGUUCACUUUUCCCAAUAUAGAAGUUUUCCUCCAGGGUACUCAUCUUGCACUGGAAAAACUGUACUGAUCAACCAGCUUCAGAGUUUCUGCAAUGUCUCAGAAAACAUCUACAAAUAUUACAAAGAAUAAAUAAUCCAACCCAUCAACUUUUAACAGAUACUGUGAUAGAAGUGUGUGCUUUAUAAUCAACUGUUAUUCCAUAUGAUAGCAGUAUCAAUUACAUUGAUGAAUAAGCCUACACAUUUCUAUAACAAUUUCUGAAGACUUUUGUCUAUUACGUUCAGUGAAAAUGAGUAUAUACACUUAUCAUUCAAGGCAAGCCCAAUGAUUCUGAUUUUAAAAUGCAAUUCAAGUUCAUAGCAAUAAGAAGCCAUUUGAAAAAUAUGUGAAUACACCAAAGUGUUAAUACUGUAUCACUGCUGAUCUAAUUGGGAAGCCAUUUUAGUGUAUUGCUUUGGACAAAAUAAUUUAUUUGGGAUUUGAUUAGAAUAACUUUGAGAAAAAGGAAGCUUUAAAAAAAAAACUUAACCUCAAGUCUUCUGAAAGAGAUGCAAAUUCUGCUCUUUACUUAACUGAAUAAAAAGAACUUUUCUCCCUCAUUUUCAUUAUCACCAAUUAGAGUGACAAAAAUAUAUUUUAUUUAAAUAACCCAAAGACCUAUAAAUAGUUUCAUACAUUUAAUUUAUCAUAGUUGUUUAACAGUUGAUUUGUUGUCAAUGACUGUAAUUUAUGAAGCCAUAUAACUAUUAUAGACAAAUAUAUAGGGUAGUAAAAAGUAAUCUGAAAUACUUUGGGUGUAGCAUCCAUUAUUUAAUUUUCUAGAACUACUACUGCAUAUAUUGAAUUAAUUCUAAAUAAAUAAAUAUUUGAUAAUUAUAGAGGAGUCAUCUUUAAAAUGUUACUUGAAUUAUUGAAAUCAUGACUUCAUAAGGCCUUUAUAAAACAUGAGCUAAUGCAAGUUUGGGGAAAUAGCUAGGUAUAAGCAUUAUAAACAGAUUUUAAAUUUAAAACAGUUCAUGUUGUUACACAAUUCUUGGAAGAAAUCUGCUGUGGCCAGUCAGAAAUAAAAGAAGCAAAAAACCAACAACAUUUGAGAGAAAUAAAGAACUAAUUGUUUUGCAGAUAAUAUGAAUCAUUGUGCAGAAUGUUGAAAUCUGGAGAUGAAUAUACUGGCAUUAUUGUGUUUGCAAGAACUGCUCUUCAUGUUUUGGUGUUUAAAUCCUCAGCUUUCAAUUAGUGGCACAUAUAAAGCAUUAGAAAACAGAAGAGAAUGGAGACUCCAUUAUAAACAAUAUAGUCCUACUAAGAUCUUUUGUGUUAUAUGUGAAAAUAGAAAAAAUACUUUUAGGCAAGCCAGUCUUCAUUAUAUAUGAUUUUUUUUUGUUUUAGAUCUACUUAAAUUGACUUAAAAGAAUUCUAGUUUUCAUCAGGGCUUCACAGUGUGUAAUGACUCCUUGUUUUCCUACUAUUCUGCAAAACGAUUGGUGCACAAUGCAGCAUAAUUUGGCAAAGUAUUGUAUUGAAUGUAGGGAGGGCUGACAUAGGGAAGGAUAGUGAGUCUUAGUACUGAAAUAAAGGAUGUCUUUGGAAAAAAAAACAGAAGCUGUGAUAUAUUAAGCAGCAAACAACAUUUGUGUUGAUAUGGAUCAAUAAAAAUAGAAGAUUUUAUCUUACAAUUCUAGCUUUUCCAUGUUAGGUUUUAAUGAAAAACCUAUGAGCAUAUCAGAGUAUUUUUUGAUGAUUCUGUCACUCCAUUUUAUUCAUAUACCUGUAUCCAUGCUCCAGUCCACUGGAGGUGAAUUAGGAAGCACAUCUUUUUAUUACUUGAGAAAAGAGACUGCUUUUAGAACUAGAGAGCACUUUGGAUCUGAGGAGGAAAAAAGCUUCAAAGCACAUAAAGACAUGUAUGUAAUACCUCUUGACAAUUUUAAAGCAACUGUGACUUUUCCUGGAACUGCAAUUGUCAUUCAUAACUGCAAUCCUGGGAAAAGACACAUUUAGUUUAAUGUGUUGUCAACAAGUGCUACAUUCAGGCCUGUGCACACUUAAAUGUUUUUUUCCUUUGAAUCUGAAAUGCUUUACAACCCUAUUUAGGAAGUAGCUGUCACAUUUAAUGUCUUUAUCUCCAAAUC